AUGUGGCCCAGACUCCCCCAAGGAGUAUUCUUUCAGGACUCAUUCCGGAGCAGAUUCUUUAGGAUGGGCAUCCAGGCCCCACCUCAACUCCUGGAACUGGCCGGCCGGAGCCUGCUGAGGGAUGAGGCCUUGGCCAUCACCGCUCUGGAGGAGCUGCCCGCUGAGCUCUUCCCGCCCCUGUUCUCCAUGGCCUUUGCCGGGAUGCGCAGCCAGGCCCUGAAGGCGAUGGUGCAGGCCUGGCCCUUCCCCUGCCUCCCGCUGGGGGCCCUGAUGAAGGAGCACAAGCCUCACCUGGAGACCUUCCAAGCUGCAAUCGAUGGCCUGGAUGUCCUGCUUGCGCAGGAGGUCCGCCCCAGGCGGUGGAAGCUGCAGGUGCUGGAUUUGCGCCGGGACGCCCACCAGGACUUCUGGACUGUGUGGUCCGGCACCAGGCCUCGUGUGUGCUCGCUGUUGGAGCCUGAGGCGGCCCAGCCUGUGAGGAAGAGGCGCCGGGUGGAAGGUGCAAGGGCGUGGCCGGAGCAGACCUGGGCCCCCGUGGAGGUGCUCAUAGACCUGUGCCUCAAGGAGGGCAUCCCCGACGCAUCCCUCAGCUACCUCCUGAAGAAGGUCAAGCAGAGAAGGGGCUCACUCCUCCUGUGCUGUCAGAAGCUGAGGGUCUUCGCCGUGCCCAUGCAGAACAUCAGGAAGAUCCUGAAGCUGGUGCAGCUCGACUCUGUCCAGGACCUGGAGGUGAACUGCACCUGGAAGCUGGCCACCCUGGGCAGGUUCGCGCCAUACCUGGGCCAGAUGGUCAACCUGCGCCGGCUGCUCCUCUCCCAUAUCCACAUGACGCCACACGCCAUCCCCAGCAAGGAGAAGCACUGCGUCGGCCAGCUCACCGCCCAGUUUACCAGCCUGCAGCACCUGCAGGAGCUCUACCUGGACUCCAUCUCCUUCCUUGAGGGCCACCUGGGCCACGUGCUCAGGUGUCUGAAGAACCCCCUGGAGACCUUGUCGAUUACCAACUGCAUGAUUUCGGAGUCAGACCUGAUGCAUCUGUCGCAGUGCCCGAGCCUCAGCCAGCUGAAGGAUCUGGGCCUUAGCGGGGUCAACCUGACCAGCGUAAGCUCCGAGCCCCUCCGGGUCCUGAUCGAGAAGGCCUCAGCCACCCUCCAGGACCUGGACCUGGACGAGUGUGGCAUCAUGGACUCCCAGUUCAGUGCCCUCCUGCCCGCCCUGAGCCACUGCUCCCAGCUCACCACCUUCAGCUUCUGCGGCAACCCCAUCUCGAUGGCUGUGCUGGAGAGCCUGCUGCACCACACCGUGGGGCUGAGCAAGCUGAGCCACGUGCUGUACCCCGCGCCCUUGGAGAGCUACGAGGACGUGCAUGGCACCCUCCACCUGGGCCGCCUGGCACACCUGCAUGCCCGGCUCAAGCAGAUGCUGCAGGAGUUGGGGCAGCCCAGCGUGGUCUGGUUCAGCGCCAACCCCUGUCCGCACUGUGGCGACAGGACCUUCUACAACCCAGAGCCCAUCCUGUGCCCGUGUUACAUGGCCGCCUAG